GUUUGGAUUUCCUUGACGCUUGUCAAUUGUACACAAAUCGACCGGUGGCCACUGAACAGGAUUAAACCUCAAAUAACGUCUGCAUCUUAGUGACCGACGAGUUGAUAGAAACUCCCCCCUUCACGAUGCUUCAGUUCCUGGCUGGAUUCACACUCGGGAACGUUUUGGGGAUGUACCUUGCCCAGACCUAUGAGGUUCCGAACAUCGCUCAGAAGAUCGAGGCUUUCAAGAAAGAUGUGGAGGCCAAGAAGAAGCCCCCGGAGUGAAGCUGGCGUGACCUUGAGAUCAGCAGGGAGCAAGGCUAUUUAUUUGACUAUUAAUCUAUGAGUCAUUGAAGGGGGUGGGCGUUCGAUGCUCAUACUGGGAGCUUCACCAGGCUGAGGGACGAUCACAGUCUCUUUAAAAACUGCCAAACCAGUUUGUUUGUGUCCCAUGUUAAGCAUCAAUAAAACAACUGGAGUCUGUUA